GAGAAAAUCACACUACCAGAGGGACCUGAACUAAACCCUAACCCCCCAACUCUCUAGGGCUUUACACUCCCAAUCAGAGAGACCACCACCAUGGAAGGCGAGGACGCCUCCGAAGGCCCAAUGAUGGACGAGAUCUACGCAAACGGCGGUGACGAUGCGAAUCACAAGAGACCGAUAAUAAGCGGCGAGCAGCUUGACGUCGAGGCUUAUGCUGGGCUCUAUGUUGGGAGAACAAAGAUUACGCGGCUCUUGUUUAUCUCAGACCACUGUGGGAACCCCGCGAUGCAACUGGAGGCCCUCCGCAUGGCCUACGACGAGAUCAAGAAGGGCGAGAACACGCAGCUCUUCCGGGAGGUCGUGCAGAAGAUCGAUGGUCGAUUGGGUCCCAACUACGGGAUGGAUAACGCCUGGUGUGAGAUGGUUGAUCGCAGGGCUGAGCAAAGGAAAGGGAAGCUUGAGAGUGAACUCAACGCAUAUAGGACAAACUUGAUCAAAGAAAGCAUAAGAAUGGGGUACAAUGAUUUUGGAGAAUUUUACUAUGCUCAUGGUGCCCUUGGGGAUGCUUUUAAGAGUUAUGUUCGUACUCGUGAUUAUUGCACUACUUCAAAACACAUAAUUCAAAUGUGUUUGAGUGCAAUCCUGGUCAGCAUCGAAAUGGGUCAGUUUACUCAUGUGACAAGCUAUGUUAGUAAAGCAGAACAAACACCAGAGGCUCUAGAUUCUGUUACAGCGGCAAAACUACGCUGUGCUGCUGGAUUGUCUCACCUGGAGGCAAAAAAGUACAAGCUUGCUGCACGUAAGUUUUUGGAAGUGGGUCCUGAGUUGGGAACUUCUUACAAUGAUGUGAUUGCAGCACAAGAUGUUGCAACAUAUGGAGGACUUUGUGCUCUGGCAAGUUUUGACCGUAUGGAAUUGAAGAACAAAGUAAUAGACAAUAUUGGCUUCCGGAAUUUCUUGGAGUUGGUACCUGAAGUGAGAGAGCUCAUUAAUGAUUUCUACUCGAGCCGUUAUGCAUCAUGUCUGGAUUACCUUGGAAAUCUUAAAGCAAACUUGUUAUUGGAUAUCCAUCUGCAUGACCAUGUUGAGACCUUGUAUGAUCAAAUUCGUAACAAAGCCCUCAUCCAGUACACUCAUCCAUUUGUAUCCGUAGAUUUGCAUAUGAUGGCUGAUGCCUUCAAAACAAGUGUCAGUGGGCUAGUGAAAGAACUUGAGGCAUUGAUUACAGACAACCAAAUACAGGCACGAAUUGACUCGCACAACAAAAUUCUAUAUGCACGACAUGCUGAUCAAAGGAAUGCAACAUUCCAACGGGUUCUACAGACUGGGAAUGAAUUUGACCGUGAUGUACGAGCUAUGCUGCUGCGAGCGAAUCUUAUCAAGCAUGACUACAAUAGUAGGUCUUCUAGUAGGAAGCUCUGAAUGUUCACGUAAACUGGCUGUUGAUCCUUUUAAUCAUGAUGGGUAGGACAUGGACUACCAAUACAGUGGAGAGAAUUUUGGCUUUUCAUUCGGUGCACUGAGGUUUGAGGAUGGCAGGAUACCAAUGCUACAAUUAUCAAUACCAGAUGUUUUCUUGUACAUACUUGGAUUGAUUUAACAAAUUGCAGUUAUUGUUAUUCAAUAAUUCGUUUUUUUUACA